GUAUGGGAGGAAAACAGUCCAGACCGACAGAACCUCCAUUUCUUUCCACACCAUGGAGAACAAUAAACUGGAAAGAAAACCAGAACCCUCUGCAGUAUGUCAACAACUACAAACUUCCCAUUGAAGGAAAGCAGAUCAGAAUUCUUCUUCAUGGGCCUACUGGAGCUGGAAAGUCCAGUUUCAUCAAUUCCAUCCAAUGUGUCUUAUAUGGCAGAUUAUACGUACAGGCCUUGGCAGACACUGGCUUUGAAUACAGUUUCAGCAAAAAGUAUACGGCCUACAAGAUCCAGAAAGGAGACCAGAAGUCCUUUUACCCUUUUGUCUUCAAUGACAUCAUGGGUCUGAGCUUAAAAAAUGGUGUCCUGGUGGACGAUGUUAAACUGGCUUUGAUGGGACACGUGAAGGAAGGUUACAAGUUCAACAUUGAAUCUAAGUUGUCAGAUGCUGAUCCACACUACAUCAAAUCUCCAACAGAUAACGACAAAGUGCACAUUCUGGUUUGUGUAAUAAAUGCUGACAAUUUAACUCUGAUGCAUCAAGCCACUCUGCAGCAGAUUCGAGAGAUUAGAGGGAAAGCCAGUGAACUGGGGAUUCCUCAAGUCGUCAUUCUAACCAAGAUUGAUAAAGCAUAUCCUGAACUCAAAGAAAAUCUGAGGAAUGUCUACAAGGUUGCUUCCCUGAAGAAGAAGAUGGAGCAGUUCAGUGCAGAUGUUGGAAUCCCAAUGAACUGCGUGUUCCCUGUGAAGAACUACUCUGAAGAAAUCGAGCUCAACAGUGAGAUGGACUCCCUGAUCCUGAGCGCGCUGAGAAACAUCAUCAACUUCGGAGGAGACUGCGUCAACUUCCGCAUGAAUCCCUCAGGACGUUUAGACUGAUAUGUUUGAACACAACAUUAAAAGUCUGUAUUUCAUGUUGCCAAAAUAAUUACUUUCCACAUUAA